CUCGGAAGUGCAUGGAGACAGGGGAGACUGACUCUCAGAGUUGCUUUGCGCAAAAUCCACGCCUUCUCUCUCCUCCCUCCUCUCCAGCCCCUGGAUCCCUCACAGGCUCCCUCCCUUCCACCCAGGGAGCAGUGCUUUGGGAUGCUAGGGAUGCGGCUCCGUGUACUUCUAAGGUGGGAGGGGGCUCCAAGCAGAGGAGAAUAUCAGACGCUCAGGCGUUCCCUUCUGGCUGACGCUCUUCUCUGGUUCCGCCAGGGCAGGUCUGUGUAAGAAACGGACGGGGCUGAGGCAGCUGGGAGAGGAAGAGGCUGGGGAUCGUGAAACCCAAAAAGUCUUGGUGCUCUCAGUUACUGUCCAUAUCGAGUCCACGGCAGGCCUUCAGCACCAUGGACAGCCGCACCGACCCGGGGAACACCAGCGACUGUUCCGACCUCUUGGCUCCGAGUUGCUCCCCAGCACCUGCCUCCUGGCUCAACUUGUCCCAUGUAGAGGGCAACCAGUCCGACCCAUGCGGUCUGAACCGCACCGGGCUUGGCGGGAGCGACAGCCUGUGCCCUUCGGCCGGCAGUCCUUCCAUGGUCACAGCCAUAACCAUCAUGGCCCUCUACUCUAUCGUGUGCGUAGUGGGCCUCUUCGGAAACUUCCUGGUCAUGUAUGUGAUCGUCAGAUACACCAAGAUGAAGACUGCCACUAACAUCUACAUUUUCAACCUUGCUCUGGCAGAUGCCUUAGCAACCAGUACACUGCCCUUUCAGAGUGUCAACUACCUGAUGGGAACGUGGCCCUUCGGCACCAUCCUCUGCAAGAUCGUGAUCUCAAUUGAUUACUACAACAUGUUCACCAGCAUAUUCACCCUCUGCACCAUGAGUGUGGACCGCUACAUUGCUGUUUGCCACCCAGUCAAGGCCCUGGAUUUCCGUACCCCCCGAAAUGCCAAAAUUGUCAAUGUCUGCAAUUGGAUCCUCUCUUCUGCCAUUGGUCUGCCUGUAAUGUUCAUGGCAACCACAAAGUACAGACAUGGGUCCAUAGAUUGCACCCUCACGUUCUCCCACCCUACCUGGUACUGGGAGAACCUGCUCAAAAUCUGUGUCUUCAUCUUCGCCUUCAUCAUGCCGGUCCUCAUCAUCACCGUGUGUUACGGACUGAUGAUUUUACGACUCAAGAGUGUCCGCAUGCUGUCAGGCUCCAAAGAAAAGGACAGGAACCUGCGUAGGAUCACCAGAAUGGUGCUGGUGGUUGUGGCUGUGUUUAUCGUCUGCUGGACCCCUAUCCACAUCUACGUCAUCAUCAAAGCCCUGAUCACGAUUCCAGAGACCACCUUUCAGACGGUUUCCUGGCACUUCUGCAUUGCCUUGGGUUAUACAAACAGCUGCCUGAACCCAGUUCUUUACGCGUUCCUGGAUGAAAACUUCAAACGAUGCUUCCGAGAAUUCUGCAUCCCAACCUCCUCCACCAUCGAACAGCAGAACUCCACUCGAAUCCGUCAGAACACUAGAGACCACCCCUCCACGGCUAAUACAGUGGAUCGAACUAACCAUCAGCUAGAAAAUCUGGAAGCAGAAACUGCUCCAUUGCCCUAGAUGGGUCCCAUGCCAUCCAGAACCACCCUGAGCUUAGAGGCCGCCAUCUACUUGGAAUCAGGUUGCUGUUGGGGUGUGUAGGAGGCUCUGGUUUCCUAGGAAACCACCUGAUCCUGCAUCAUUCAAAGUCUGUCCUCUCUGGCUACUUCACUCUGCACAUGAGAGACACUCAUACUGCAUCAAGCACUCGGAAGGAAGAGAUUAUGUUACACCACUGAAUCCAGCUUGUGUACAGAAACACACCCCGUGGACCACAACACGCUGUGGUAUGUGAAUCAGGGUCACCAUAGAAGAUGACCCUUCUGUAUGUAGAAUUUCUAUUUUCAAGCAAAUACUUAAGACCUGAUCAAAGAAAAAACAUCAGUUGUUAAAUUCAUUGUAGUAACCCAUAAAGUAAAUGCUACCUCUGACCUCUGACCCAGUCACCUUCUGUGGAAAGUUACAGCCUUUCUAGUCUUUUGUGAGGGAAUACAUUAUGUUUGACCUAUAAUGUUCACCUUGAAUUUAUUGUCUAGUUAAGACAUUAGUGGCACCUCCAUUUCUUGGUUUUUGUAUUGUUUGAAAGAACACAACUUCUUUCUCCCAUGGUUCCACUAUGAAAAUUGAAAAGGGUUUAAAACACAGUGUCAACUGCAGAAUGGUUGAUACUCACACUGAAAGGACUUUCCUGGAAGUUAUGGGGAUGGUCCUUCCCGAUUGCCUUGCUGUCCUCCAAGUGUUCACAAAGUCAAGUUCAUGAAGUUACCCAGCGAGCUCAUCAUGCCAUCCAAGCAAGAAGCCAAGACUUUUGCAUCUUCCUUUCUCAGUAAUUUCUCCACACUGCAUGCUCUCUUUUAUAUUAUUUCCUCUGAUGCCUUCUGAAUCAGCACGAUAAAACAACAGAUGUUUUUGUUGGGUGCCAGGAAAGUUUAAGCAGUUUUUUAAAUAUGGACCCAAUAAACAUAAUUAAAAGACAGACUCAAACAACCACAUUAAAAAAAAUGUGAUCUGUUUCUCCAAUCUUAUGUAGUUACUUGAACAUGAAAUAUUAACAAUACCCCAGGCCUAUUUCCCUAAAGAUUUGCAUGUAUGUAAUGUCAUAAUCAUUAUCCUGGUCUUUUUGUUCUUGGCUAAAUAUCAAGAUUUCCUUGAUAAGAUGCCAAUCUUUGAUGUAGCAUCUCUAAGAAAAGUCCUGUCUGACUAGUUUUCAUGGACAUGAUCUGCAGCUGAGAUUUGGCAAUCUCCUAUUUUCAGAUCUGGAAGAAUGGCCCAUGCAAGGGAGUUCUCCACUUUGAACUUUUGCCCGCACUGGUUAAAUGAAUUGAGUCUUUUAUCGUCUUCUAUGGAGAUGGGAGUAGAAAACAAAGGCCCUGGUCUCACACACACACACACACACACACACACACACACACACACACGCGCGCAGAUUCCAGAGACUGCAUGCAGCCAGGAGAUACUACUGUAAAUGUGCAUCACUUCAUCAGUCCAACAAGAUACAAAUGCACUCCAUAGUUUCCAGAAAACAGCUGCCAUAGAUCAGAAUAACUGAAUUUACUGUCUCAGAUCUGAUUGGCUAUAAUUACAUGGACCCGGCCAUGUAUCCAUUAGAAGAGAAAAGAAAAAUCCCUGAUAAGUGUUUUUGAAUGUUUCCUUUCAAUGAUGCCUCUAAUAGCCUCCAUUUCUCAGACAUUACAUCCUAGGAUGGAUGGACAUUGUGUUGCAGCUUCUACAUUUUCUGAUAGAAGUAAUUAAAACCAAAAUCUUAGAAAGAUUCGGAAUUUUAAAAUGGAUAAUGUAAAUAAGACUCAUUUGGGAGAAUGAAAUGUCUGUAUCUAAGCACUGAGGAAGAACGUUCUUGCUUCCAAUAUGCUAUUUGACACAAGUUCUCUCAAGGGAUAGCACAGUGUUGUUUCUGCUCACAGUUCUCUUCAAUUGACCCAUUCUUGGUGUUACUUAUCUGGCAUGUGGCUGAGAGCAAUUUGGAUUUGAUGUAGGACUUGAUCCAUGUUUUUUUUUUUUCAUAUAUAUGUGCAUGAGGCUCUUCCAUAUCAUCUCUUAGACUCUACAAAAAAAAUACACAGUGAAAGGGUUCAUUUUAAAAACACAUUCUAAAGCCAGAAAGUCGUUGCCAGUAGUUUUCAUGGAAAGCCACUUUCAAUGCCCGUAUGCUAGAACUAACUUGCAACUCAGUGGCAGAGAGAAGUGAGAGCCCUCCGUCAAUAAUUUUCUAUUGUGAUCUAAAAGGUAAAGAAAAUAAACUAAAAAAUGAUCAGGAUUAAACUAUACAAUGUUUUUAAAAAACUAAUUUUGGCCUGUCAUAUAUUAAAUGUUUUCUAUUAUAAAUGAAAACCAUUAAUGUUGAAACAAAUAAAACAAUGACCAUAGGAAGCUUAGAGACCUCACUGUCCAUAUCCACCUUUAGAAUAACACUGACGCAUCUUUGUUCCAGGCUUGGAGCACAUAAAACGGUCCAAGUUACUGGAGAUGAUUGAAUUUCACUAGAAAUGGUUUCACCUUACAGUCUUCACUCCCCACUGUCAUAAAAAGUUCCAGGAAUUAUGGGAUGUCCUACUGUUCAGGGAGUGAGCAAGGGCAGGUGCCAACAACUUCCUGUGUACAGUAUGUGAAGAUGUUCAUCGUGGACGGCCAUAGCAUUUCUUAGUGUGAGCAGAUGGGUGGUCCUGAUUAAUAUAAAUAGCAUGACUGUGUUUUAGGCACUAUACAUUGCAAACAGCAGAUGACUGAAGCUUAGAAUUGGGACUAUAAAAAGUGGGUGGGGCCAUUGGGCCAUUGGUGGGACACAGCAGAAGAAAGCAGUACCCCUCCUGCCUUCCUCUGUAUGACAUUUCAGUGCAGCCACAAGUACAGAUUUAUUGAAGUUCUCGGUUCAAGCUCAUAGGAAGUGCAAAGAGAUUUGGAAAAGUCUGUUAUUGAACCUAUAUUAAGUGUGUGUGAUGAGAAGAAUCCUGAAAAGUGGCUCUUUCUCAGAAUAUGUGCCCAGCGUCUAGAAGCAUCUUACAUAUAACUGCUUUCAUUUUUUCCUUCAGUGUUUUCCAACUUAUACAGUAUUCAUUUGAUAUUAUCUGACAGCAUAAAGCUUCAUCCCAAUGCCCCACCCUCUUUCUUUCCUUUCUUAUUUCUCACUUCUUCCCAAGACAGAUUCCUACUUCACAGCCUAGGUUAGCCUCCAGCUCACAAUGUAACCCCAGCUCGCCUUGAACAUAUGAUCCUCCUGCUUCAGCCUAAGGGCUGCAUUUACAGGUGUUACCAUCACACACACACACACACACACACACACACACACACACACACACACCUGGAAGAAGAAAAAAAGUUUGUUGGUACAAUACAAACACAAUGCCACUCCUUCAUUUGUCUAAACCACCCAGUGUUAACCAGGGCGAUCCUGUAUGUCUCAACAUCAGCACAGACGUAUUUACGAUGAUCAAACGACACUUUAUCAUUUCUGGUUCUAAAAGAAUGUUAGCAUUAAUUCUGUCUCACAGAGAAGUUGUCUGCUCCUCUCCAUGAGCGGCUGCUGCCAUCCAGAGCUGCAAGGAAUAGAGUUUGUUUCUCACGGCACAAUCAUGCUCAUGAAAUCUAAGAUUUGCUUAACAUUGCUCUAAUCACCUUAGGCUUUCAGAAAUAUAUGCAAUUCCUCUGUAGACAAUGCAUGUCUCUUUUGUGACUUCAGAGAAGUAGAACAGAAGCCCUUUUGGAGAGAUGGGGCCCAUUUUUAUCUCCACAUUGUCACAUGCACCAUAAUAGGAGUAUUUAGCAGCCAAAAAUAUCUUUCAGGAAAAGAGUGUUUAAAGGCUGUCUAUGAGUUCCUUCUUCCCACCUCGCGAUCUGAUUUUUAAAAGGAACUGAGUCUCAAAAGCAGGCUGUGAUAUUCCAUUUCCUUUCAAACCUCUUGAAAGAAACUUCUGCUGUUUUGCUUCAAACAUGGAAAUGUUUUAUUUAAUUGGCAUUUUCGACUAAUGUUGGGAAAUUUUCCAUGAACACAAAGUUGCUAAAUGCCAAAUGGAAACGCAAAGAGAUGUGGUAGUAUAGGCUGAGAAGGAGGCAGGAAGAGAAAGGGGAGAAAUAAAGGCAGCAGUAAUUGCCCAAGAAUUUGUUUGAACUGAACAGUCACAUACAUAUAAGAGCAGCCAUGAGCUGGGUAACCUAAGCACAUUAAAACUGUUUAACUAAUGCAUGUCAGAGAGAAGGCAGAGAGGCUACAUUCACUCGACUUUGGAAAUACGAUUUCUCAAACAGGUCAGAGCAGAGGACUCUGGGAUUUUCUCUAGUCCAAAAGGAGCAGAAGCAGCACAAUACCUCACAGUUCUUGACUCCAGUGUCUGAUGCUCUCCAUGUCCUGGCUCCCUCGGGAGAUGGUCACCUAGUCUGCAGAGAUACUUUGUGGAUCUGGUACAGUGGCAAUAUCACUGUUUGGUGUGGCAGCCAAAUAACCAAGUCUCAAAUUCAGUGUCUGUCUCCUCUAGGCUGCAGGUGCCUAGAUAGCCUCAGUCUGGCUGCUAAGGUCCAUGGGAAAGCAGUGCAGGUGGCCAGUCCUCAGUAUACCUUCCAAAGAGCACCGGACAGAGGUGAGUGCCUGGAUCAGGCUGAAUCUUGAAUGGCACUAGAAUUCUCAUGGUCCUCGCACAAGAAUAUGCCAUUUGCACUGGUUUCCUUUCUAGAACCCAGGGCUGAGAUGUGGUGUUGGAUUGUGUUCGUUUUUGUAAGAACGGUAUGUGGCUUUUCCUUUGCUGUGGGUAAAACUUCGUUCAUACCUAAAUAAAUGAGUGGACUUUAUCCUCUUAGGAUUCUACCCGACACUUUCAAAAGAGAGAAGGUCCUGUUGGAAGCAAAUGUGGCCCAAAUGGCCCACAAGUGUUUGUGAAGCCUGGGUCCUCCUCUGCCUAUUUUCUAGGAAGUGUGGGUUGUUAUUUACUUGCUUACUUUCUGAUUGGGAAAUAUGUUGCUUGUCAUUAUGGCUCAUCUUUUGUUGUCUGCAGGGUCUUUCAUUUCUGCCUGAAACGUGUGUCACUACACAGAUGCAUUCACCUUAGAAAUAACGCCCACCAUCUCCCCCGUCUCCCUUCUGCCCUAGAUGAAACGGUUUCCUUGUGUAAUGCCCUGUCAGCACUUCCUACUGAGACAGGCCUGAGCCCCCAGCCUCCCUUCUUGACUGGCCAUUACACUGUGCCAUGUCUAUUAAAGACUUGCUGUGCUCUAUCAUUUUAAAUAUAGAACCAGUUAGCAUUUAAUGUCCAAUGUCCAUCCUACCAAUCCAAGAAGCCCAAUCAGCCGGGUUCUUGUUCUCCCGAACAUCUGCAGGUGGCCAACCUGAUUUGCAUUCCUGCUCCUGCCUCGGCAGGGGUCCAUACAGAAAACCAGAAAUAACAAGGCCUCUUGGUACUCGCUUUAGCUAUGAUACAGUUUGUUCCCUUCUGCCCCCAGCCUCACCCCUGCUCUGACACAGUGGGGAGCUGCUACUGAUCGGGCUGCAUUAACUCACAACCCAUUUGCUCUAUGGAAAUUCUGGGCCUUUAUUUCUCAAGGGAAUAGAGAAAUUCAACAGGCCUCCCACCCAGCUGGUUCUUUCCAUGCGAGCUACUGAAUCUAUACAAAUUAGAUUCAAGCGACGCGUUAUUUUAGGGGUUUAUAAUCUCAGGGCUGCAGACAGUAAUUUGACAAGUGUUCUCAGAGCCCCCUUUGCCUGUGACUCAGUCACUCAACUUAGACAUGAAUUGGGGCAAAAUAAGAAAAUCCUGAGGUAACCUGAAGAACUGUUGUCGGUGGCUUUAGGGUUUUGUUCAUUGUUGGGAGAGGUUUUUGUUUGGUUUUUGUUCUUUAUGUUUUUUUGAGAUAGGGUCUCACUCUGCGUUCCAGGUUAUCCUGACACUCAGUCAAUAUUCUAGGUUAACCUUGAACUCUUGGUGAUCCUUCUGCCUCAGCUCCCUGAGUGCCAGGGUUUUGGGCAAGACUACCCUACCAGGUUGUUUUCGACUGUUUUUUUUUUUGUUUUUUUUUUAAAUAAACUCUAUCCAUUUGUUGAAGGAAGCAAAGGGAAAUAAAAAUAAUCCCAAUGAUGUAUGCCUACACACCUUUAUAAUGGAUGCCUUCUUUCCAAACAAAUAUUUUAAAUAAUCUAUAAACCAAAUUAUACAAAACAGUUCCCAGUAGUGGAUGCUUUCUCUCCUAUAAUGCACAACACAACAAUUCCUGUAAAAUCUAGGCCCUGGGACCACCCAUUGUGGUGAUCUGUAGGAAAAGACAGCAGGGGUGUGCUUAUAAAAACUAGGGUAUCUUUUAGGGUGCUGAUUUCCUCAUGUUAAGGCUGAAGCUUUCAGUACCCGAUUGAGAGCUCAAUUAGGUUACUGUUUUCUUAUUGAUUCUGAAGCUAGAGGAAACAGCCUGCUGGCUAUUCUCUAACUAGCCUGGCUUCUCAGAGACAGCCGGAAGCCAGCAACCACAGACACCAUGAAGAAAAGAGCUACCUACAGAACUGAAGGAGAGCAAAGAGGAACCCAGUGAGUGGGAACUGCCAGAGAAUGGCAAGGCUAUUUCUGACAUAAAUUUUAAACCGGAAGCCAUCUUUCCGGCUUGCAUUUGCUUGGUAUUCAGACAUCUCCAUAAAGAAAACUAGGAAAGCAGUAUUAGUUUGGCUCUAUAUACAAAAGUCAGUUUGACUCUGUUAUGGUAGAAGAGCCUAGGAGCUUACAGCUGGCUCUGUCUUUUAUAAUACUUUAAAGUGUAACAACUUCAUGUCAACAUCAUAUGAUGUUGGAGAUUCCUGAACACAGAAAUACAAUUUAAAUUUUAGUACACAGUUUGAGAAAAUCAUUCACAAAAACUAAUCAGAACUGAAUUAGAAAUAUUAAUAUGUAUAUAUGUAUACACACAUAUCCCUAUUAUGUGGCAAUUAUAUAGGGAUCAUAAUGUUAUCAAUGGCAUUAUAUGGAAUUCUAUAUGCCUUUAGGAACAUAUCUACCAAUACAAAAGAAAUACAUAAACAGGUAGAUAAUGAUAUUUUAAUUUAAUUAGAAUCAAAAAUGAAAUGGCAAUUUCCACUUGGUGAUACAUUCCCUGAGCUUUUCACCUAAUUAAUAGUUACAAUUUGAAAUGUGAAGUGGUCUUGUUUUCAUCUCAUUAUGUUACAUGGAAUAUAAGUAAAUAAGUUUGCAAAUGGAGCUUUCUAAAAAACAUAUUGAACAAUAACUAUCAAAUGUAACAAAUAAACAAGUUUCCUUUUUUUAAGGAAAAGCAUAAGUCUAAACAUCAGGUGUGUUGCUUGUCAUUGAAUUUUUUAUAAUACCAAUGAUGCAUUCUUGAUAUUCAAAGACAAUUUCUGCUAGAAAAAAUAAGAAAAAAAAGAUGUACUUCAUAGUUUUAAUUACAUCUGAUAUUCUGAUAACCAAUGACAGUGUUUAAAAAAUAACCCAUAAUGCUUCAGUGGAGAAAAAAAUCAAAAUAUAGUAAUGAAUCUGGUUCGAUGCUCACAUCAUUAAGUUUAAAUAUUUUAAGUAGAGCAUUGUCUGGGAGCUGCAUUUCUCUCCAGCUGCAGAAGUGGAGGCAGAAAAGUGUCCUUUGGACCGUAGCGCUGAGUCUACUCUAAGUAGAGCAUCCGUCAAGCCUCCCACCCAUGCAUCUCUUCCUUGCAUUCUGAGGUACGAGAGAAGACUGGAACUGGCCCCUUUCCUCAAAGUUCAGGGGUAAAGUGAAUCUGGAAUCCUGCUGCUCAGCAUGUAAGGUCAUCUUCUACGAAAAUGGAACAUUUUAAGUUAUAGAGAAAUGCCAGCAAGUAGCAUACAAAAUAAUUUUUUAAAAAAAGUGACAUAGUUCAUGCUUUGCAGAUUUUUGUAUCCAUGUAAAUGAAACCACAAUCGUAUCUUCCAAAACUGUGUGUGAAAUUCAUGUGUAUAGCAAUGAACACAGAAUGCUGUCUAGCUGAAUUGUUUUUAACAGUCUCCCUAACACAUACACACACACACACACACACACACACACACACACACACACUCCACACACACUUGCCUUUCAAAAGUAUUUCCUGGGAAUCUGUGUUUUACUUCUUUGCCCCUGCCAGAGAUGUACACACCCGGUUGGUUGUAAUGAUUCACAGAGGAAUGGUCAAAAGCACACAGCAUUCCUUUCUGAGAGGCCUUCCUUUAAUGUUUGGGUUUUUUUUGUUUACACCAGUGUGUUAGCCCUACAAUAAUGUUAUUAUUACAAAAGUAAACACCCUCACUUGCAGAAAAGACCAAGCUAUCAUUUUUUACCUGGUACACAUUUCCAGGUCGGAAAAGAUGGCCAAAUGCAGCUUUUGCAAAAAUGUAUCACAAUGACUCCUACACAGAUCAAAGUAUUGACUGGUAUAUCAAGCACUAAGAACACUGCUGAAUUCUUUUUGCAGCAUUCCUAUUUGACUGUUUAUGGAAGUUGUAUGUAAAAAACAAUAUGUAAAUGUAAACUCUUGCACUGUGUUACUAUUGAUGUACCAGAAUCCAUAAACAUUUGGGGCUGUAUUGUGAUUUUCUUGCAUGUAAUGUAUGAUUAUCUAUGACUAAUAAAGAAAUCCUACUAGUAAAGCAAA